AUGAGUCAAGACCAAUUGCAUUGUUUUUGUUCUAUGCGAUUUGAUAACUGUGGGCCUUUGGGGACCGGUAAUACUUUACUUACCAAGGCUUUGGACAAAUUCUUGUUCAAUAGUGGAGAUGCAAUCUGCCGAAUUGAUGGGAGUGAAUACUCUGAGAAGCAUAGUGUUAGUCGCUUGAUUGGCUCUCCGCCCGGUUACGUCGGUCGCGAAGAAGGAGGAACCUUCACUGAAUGGGUACGAAGGAAACCUUACAGCAUCGUAUUGAUUGAUGAGAUUGAGAAAGCCUCAAGAGAGUUUACUGAAUUGUUCUUACAAGUCUUGGAUGAUGGUCGAUUGACUGAUAGUCAGGGAAGAGUAGUCAGCUUUAGAAAUUGUCUGAUUGUAAUGACGAGUAAUUUGGGAGCUGUAUACCUGAAUGAGACGCCUGAAGAUGGACCGGUACCUGAAUCGGCUAAGAUUUUGGUUCAUAGUGCUAUUUGUGCACACUUUGCUCCUGAAUUCUCAACAAGCUUGGAUCAGCACAAAUCCGAUCAAUUGAACGUCCGAUUGGCUGAGAUUCAAAAACGACUGUACAUCAAUGGAAAGGAUAUCACUUUGGAAGUAGACGAUAAGGCAAGAGAUAGCUUGGGUCUAGCUGGAUUCAAUCCACAGUAUGAAGAAAGAAUUAGGGAUGGAGAAGUGGCGAUGGUAACAGCUGAUUGGAGAGCUAAUCAAAUCUUAAUCAGACCUAAUCAUGAUGCUACUUCUAUGGAUAUUGAUGGGGAGAUUGACGGCUUGGAGGAUGAUGAUAUCAAGAUUGAAGAAGUUGAUUAA